CUUCCGGCCGGUCCGGAUGACCGAAAAAAGCAAUCAUCAACAUCAUCAUCACUGUAUUGAUCCCUAUCUAUUUGAUCGAAUUGACCGUAACGGAUCCGUCAUUAUCUUAUUGUUGGAUUGUGACCCUGUAUUACGAAACCUCUGAUAGAUCGAUAUCCUGACCUUAGUCAGAGGGGUGUCAGAUGACAUAAAACCUCUCUCGAGAAAAGAGGGGGUGGCGAGGAUCCUAGAUCAAUAGAAUGAUGAUUUUUGGAGCUCCACACUCUAUUGAGCCUUAAUCCCUUCGAUUGAAUGUGUCGUACGCGAUCCGACACUUAUCACUGAUAAACUUUUAGAAUUGCCCUGUUAACGACAAGCCAGCCUGCCCUACCCUAUUACCCAACCAAAGUAAAUUCCUCAACUAAACCAUCUAAAUGUGUAGCCAAGUGCUGGUCCUCCUCUUGUAUCUCCGCAAUAUCCUCGGGGUCCAUGAUGCUUAUAAUUGUGUACUUGCCAUCACGGAUCGCUUCAGUAUGGCUGAUAUCUGGGAUAAAUUCCCAAUUGGUGCUUCAGAGAGCCGUCCUGGGAGAGGUUGGCAAGAGGGAAGCAACGGGAUCAGGCUGUCAGCGAACUUGGGCGGCUAUGGAUUCGGGGGACUCGCAGGCAGGGGGUAAAUGCCAAGGCUGCGGCGGGCGUCGCCAAAGAUCUGUCACGCAGCUUUCCUA